AUGGCUGCCGCGACACCCUCUGCACUCUUUCAGCGGCUGGCCAACGCAUGGAGACUCCUUGCCCUCCGGAGCGACGUCGACGACAUCGUGCUGGAGCUCCUGGGCCGCUUCUCCCUCGAGAGGAUCUAUGCCAGCGCCAGCGACCGGGUUGCCUACCAACACCUCGUCAUCGCCCUGCUCUCCCAGCUCAAGACCAUCUUCGACAUCCAGCGCCUGACCAUCCCGUCCGAGAAUGCCCCACUGGGCCGGCACCUGGGCUUCCUCGUCAGCUGGGAGGUGGGCCUCCGCUCCGUUGAGUUCGUUCUGCAGACCAUUGCCGAGGGCCGCGAGAGCCUGUGGGAACAUCGCAAGCUGCGCGACAAGUACUUGGCCGAGUUCCUGCUCUCCGCUCUCCGCGUCCUCUCCGUCCACCCCAAGACGCCUUCGAACCAGCGCGCCAGAGACCGCCGCGAACGCUUCGCACGCAUCCACGGGGCCCUGGAGCAGGUCUUCGACAGUUAUCCCGGGCCCAAGUCCUUCUCGCUCGAGGUGUGCAAGGAGGUGGCCGCCCAGCUCCACGCCGAUCCGGACGUGCUUAUGCUGCCCCCGAAGCUCAGGUCCGAGCUACCCAACCUGGCCUCUGAAUUGGUACGUGACUACCCCCUCCCCCCUUGCCUGCAACCGCCUUCCAUAGCCGAGCUUGCACCCCCCGGCGGUUUCGGCAACUGGCUGGCCCAGCUUUUGGCCCUGCGCGACGUGGCCCAGUUCGUGCUUGCCGCGUCUGUUCAGUACGCCGCCAACGGCGAGACUCGCGACGUGCGCCUUCAGGCGGCGUCCGCCAAAGCUCGCAACGCCGUGCUGACUGCCCUCGACAACCUGCGCACGCCGCCCGGUACGUCCAAGGUCGACAUGGUGGCCAUUUUCAGCACCACGUUCCGCACCAUCCUCCCGGACACUAUCGACCUCUCCAGCCGCGACGUAUCCGAACCUCCCGUGGACGAGUGUGAACUGGAUGCCCUGGACGCUCUCUGCACUAGGCUCAGGGAGCGCCAGGUUACCCAUCGAGUCAGCGACAGGGAAGCGGCGCACAGCAUCUCGCAAGUGAUCGAGAAUAUCCUCGCCCAGGACGACCCAGGCGGUCGCCAUACUCCUGCGCGGCCGGGACUUUAUGUAGUGAACUGUCCUCGGUGCCAUCUGGCUGGUGCAUCACAGCUGAGGUCUUCAGGAGCCAAGUUCCCUCCUGCCUCGGCGGACGCGUCCGAAAUUCGCCUUCCGCCAGACUCGAAAUGCGCGUAUUGCAAAGAGACUAUCACGCUUGCCCGUGAGGUUUCUGUCGCAAGGCGGACUUGGGAACUGGUGCGGCCCCUUCUACCAGAUGCGGACACGAUCAACGUGGAAAGACACCUGCCGACGCAGUUCCAGUUGGGCCCUCCAAAGCCAGAGGCCCAUGGGCUGCCCUCUCCGGGCUACAGCAGCAUACGCGUCCCCGGGAGCGAGAGACACCGUGAGCCUGAGCUCCCUGGCCCACCUCAUUCAGCGAAGGCAGGGAUGCCAAGCCCGACGUUUGGUGAGAUGCAUCCCCCUGGCUACCCGGGUCUCGUAUCUCCCCAGUCUCCAAGCAUGCAGCCGUCAUCGAUACACCCCCAGGUUGAACUCCCACGCCCGGGUGCGCCGGUUAACCAUGGGAGGAAUGUUCUGGACGAACCAGAGCACACGCUUGCUCACCCCGAUCCUACCUUUCUGUCAGACCCUCCUCCGUUCUCCCGUGAGUCGCCCGCUGUGCGCGGACAAGCGGGAGAAGACGAGGCUCCUUCAAUCCACACCCCAAGGACGGUCCCUAUACCUGCGUCCGCGGAAAAGGGGAAGUCCCGAUGGAGGUUUAUGUUCACAGGGUCAAAGAAGGCCCCGACCGGUGCGUCCGGGGAUUCCAGUUCUCUGUCCUCGUCGGCGUUGGAGGCACAGAAGCUGGAAGAAAUCUCCCUCUCUGCAUUGCUCAGCACACCAAAGACGCAUGCGCGGGGGAAGCCAUCCAAGAACAUCAACGUCUGCCUCUCCCAGAACUCGACACUCGCUCUGUUCUGGACGCAGUUGCUGAUCCACGUGUUGGACGUGAGCACGUCGCCGCCCACGAUGGUGCGAGCCAUCUUGCCAGAGAGCACAUGCAUCCUUGCGGCGGUUGGAAAGUCGCAUUUGGCUUACAUCAUUGGUACAAGAGACCACAAGCUAACGUUGCGAAUCGUGAACCUCAUGCAAACAACAACAACAGCAUCUGUGAUGGAGUACCGCAUACCGUCGCCGCUCUGGUGCAAGAGCAUGGCCAUUGACAAACAAGAGAACUACGUGGUGGUCGGGUUCGAGGACGCCACUGUCCGCUUCUUCAACGUGAGGAGCAUGGAACAACCUCGCGAGGAUCGUCUCCACGCAGCCACGCGCCAUGGGUGCAGGACGUGCCCGCCGGUGGAUACCCUGGCCUUCUCAAGUGACGGGCUUGUCCUGCUGGCCAGCAUGCGGAGCCCCAAGACCGGCUGGAUACAAACAUACUCGUGGCGAUUCCCAUUCCACACGUUCCAAGAGCUCACCGCUUGUCGGUACCAGGUCCCGCUCCACGAGUCCGAGGACAACGGCGUCUCGGCCGCGAUAUUUCGGCCCGGCACCCACGGCGAAGAGGACCUAGUCUGCAUAACGACAUGGACGCAGUCAGGCACGCCGGUGUUGAUCCAGCCGCACGACGGCCACAGGGCCGAGAUCCGAACGGAGCUGUCUGGCCGGCACAGCAAGCUAGGAAACCGCGUGCAAUGCGCCGCCUUCUCGCCUUCGGGGAGAGAACUAGUCCUCGUCAACGACAAGGGCCAUGUCUUCCAGGUAUCCAAUCUGAACUCCAGUCCGAUGGAUGUCCGCCGCAUCGCGAAUACCAAGGAGCUCACGGCGAAGUCCGAUUCGUUCGCGAUGUCGUUCAUGACGUGGUCUGACGAAGAACACGUCGUGCUUGCCUGGGCCGAUUCGUCCAGGGCAGUGGGCUGGGUCAGGAAGAUUCCCAUGAUGUCCAGGAAUCACUUUGCUAGUGUGGACACACCAGGACUGAUCUAUGAAACCUCGUCCUUGGGUGGAACACGAGAGCUGCUCGACCAGCCAAGACCGCCAAUUGAGCUUGCUGCGACCGAGAGGACACUCACAGUUGGAGAUGGCUAUGAAGCCUCGAAGAAGUUAUUGGGAGAGCUAUAG